AUGACCAGUUUAGCUUGUGAAAUCACUUGGGUGCUGCAAUUGCUCAAGGAUUUGAAAAUUGAGCAUCCUAAAGCAGCUAUGUUGUUUUAUGAUAAUCAAGCAGCAUUAUACAUAGCUGCUAAUCCAGCCUUUCAUGAGAGGACUAAGUAUAUUGAGGUGGACUGGCACCUAGUAAGAGACAAGAUUAUGGAAGAGAGCACCCAUGGCCAUUUCACCAGCGUUUUCUAUUCGUUUAAUUUUUAUGUUCUUGAUUUCUUCAUACUCCUCAUUGUUCUCUUGUCUGCCCACAUCAUUAUCAUUUUGCUGAGUUAUAGAUCAUUUCAACGGUUGAAGAAGAGUUUCAAGAAGGUUAGCUGGGACUUCAAGCUCUUGGAUGCUCUCCUAAAAGAUGUAGAAGCUGUUUCAGAAUCAGGGAGAAAAAUAGAUGAGAAAGCCCACCAACUUGGGAAUUCCCAACUGAGAUCAGUAGCCACUGUACGACUAAAUGAUGCUACGAGAGGCUGGGUGGAUGCAACCAAAACUGUGGUUCGCAGUGUACAGGAUUGGAGAAAAACCUAUGAUGAACUGAGUGAAAGAGGAAAAUCCCUGAAAUGGAUUUACUUUGGUUUCCCGGAUUACAAAAAAAUUCAUCGCCUCCAGAAUGAAUUGGAUUUGUGCAGUUCUGAGAUAAAUGUUCAAAUUUGGAAGAUACACAGAGAACAAAUCUGUCAAUUUGUUGAGUCGUCAAGGUCUACUGUUAGAAGCCUGCAGGACAGACCAAUAGAGGAAGACAAGAGGAAGCCUUACCGAAAACAUGAAAAAAGUGCCUCUAUUGAAAAGAAAUUAAAAGUCCUGAUCAGUAAGACUCCAGAUUUACUGUCUGAAGAGCAAAAGAACGUAGCGUACACUAUCAACUUUCCACUGCAGCUACUGAUUGCUUUCCUGCAAGAUUUAGAAGGGCUUAUCUUGGAAGGUAAAAUCGAAGAGGCCUGGGUGGAGGAAGCGCAUGACACCAUCGACAAAAUACAACAUGAAAUUGAGAGGAAACAGAAAAUCACAACUCUAAUGAGCUGGCUUCCGUAUUUUGGUAAUUUGAUAACAAGGCGUAAGCUCAAGAGGAGUAUUUUGGGCAUGGGGAGUCGUCUCUUGCGUCUCUUUCAUAGAAAACAAGAGUUUGAUUUCACCUUUGUCAAAAGAUAUCAAUCACAAUCUGUCCACCUGUCUCCACAAAAGCAAACUCAGGCCACCACCCUUAAAAAGGAUAUUAUAGUUCUUCUUGACGACUUUAGCAACCAGCUCAAACAGGCGCCACCCGUUGCAACUUAUCAGCUCAAACAGCUAGAAAAACUUUUCCAUCAAGUGCAUCAAUUUAUCGAAGAAGCAAAUGUGGUUGAAGGCAUAGAGAAUUUAAAGAAUUCAAAAACGGCUUGGAAGGAUCAAAUGAAAACCAUUAUUAAAGACGUAAAUAAUUCCUUGUUCGCCUACAUACGAAUCUCAACCUCCAAAAGGAGCGACACUCAAAGCGAGACAGAUCCUUGGCAGAAGUUCUCUGCAGAACUCGGGGAAUUCCAGAAAGCCCCCAAACUUCUCGAGGCAAGGAUAAAGUUAUGUCGCAUUGAACUGAAGGAAGAGACAAACUUGGAGGUCGGCUUAGAAGAAGACAUACAUGAAGUAGUCACCCAACUGACCACCAAGAGGGACCGUUUCUCAACUCAUGCCAUUGUGGGGAUGAAAGGUAUCGGUAAGACAACUCUGGCAAAGAUGGUUUUGAAUAAUAAAAAUAUUCAGAACCGUUUUCAUUAUAGAUACUUGGUGUCUCUACCUGAUUCAGUGGACGACGACAAGAAUUUGCUCUUGAAAAGAUUAGGACAUGUCCUGUCGCCUCCUGAGGAUGGGAAGGUAAAAGAUUACUUGUUCAAGGAGGUGAAAGAUUUCUUGAAGGCUUGGAAGUACCUUCUAGUUCUGGACAAUAUCAUUGCUAGUCAUCCUCUUCCAGUUUUCUCUGAAUCUGAUCCAGUUGAGUUUGAAGAGAAGUAA